AUGGCGCAGGUCUGGGCGGUGUUCCUGGCCGUGGGGUCGCUCGCCAUCGGCAUGCUCGGGGUGCUCGGCGUCUGGCUCUGCUACCUGUUCCAGGCCGUGGCGUUUGGCCCGCCCCCCGCCCCGCCGCCCGAGACGCCGGAGACGGUCGACGACGACGACGACAAGAACGGGCUAUCAGAGGCGGAGCUGAGGCAGCUGGGCGGGGUCGUCCAGGCGGCGACCCCGAACGGCGAGGAGGAGGAGGAGGAGGUGCUCUGCCCUAUCUGCCUCGACGCCAUGGAGCCCGGCCGCGCCGUGCGCGUCCUCCCCGGCUGCAACCGCGCCUUCCACCAGGACUGCGUCGACCGGUGGCUGGCCAUCUCGCCGCGCUGCCCCGUGUGCAACAUCUGGGCCACGCCGCAGUCGCCGCGGGCCUCGCCGAUGGCGGCCAAGACUGCUCCGGCUCCAGGGUGCUGA